AUGAGGCUUCAUUACGAAUAUUUCUACCAACGCAGGUUAAAUUUGCUCUUCUUAGCAGGUAUCCUUGUGUACCUCUUCUUUGAGUACCAGAAUAUGGUUGAGUAUGUCAAAAGAUAUCCAAUUAUCAAAAAUGUUAAAAAUUUAAAUACAGAUAAGCAAAUUAAAGAUGGUGACAUCGUUUCUUUUGUAACAAACUAUGUUAAUUAUAAAAAGACCACGGACGAAACUUAUAAUUUAUCCAUUGAAUCAAGUUUAAUUCAACAUUCUCACAUGCGAUGUAACAAAAACAUUAAUAUAGAAGAAUCCAGAUGGGAUAUAGUUGAUAAAUACACAUACGUAACACCUUUUAAAGCAGGCAAUUAUUUAGUAUCUCAAAAUUUAAUUUUCAAAACUUAUUCUGGUUCACUAGAAAGUUACAUUCCAACAAAUGGUGAAUCAAGACGCAUCGCCGAUGAAAAUGAUUUCACUUACAUUGGUCAACAAUGGUUCUACAAAGCUAAAAAUUACGAUGUAAUUAGUUAUCUCAAAGGAGGAAGUUUCAGAUCACACAGAAGAGAUAGCUAUUUCGAUAGUUAUAUUCAAACAAAUGAUCCCUUGGUGACUUUAGCAUUAAAUAUUAUCAUUUACUUGAUCAAGAUUGCUUUUUCUGAAGACAGUCGACCAAAAGACGAAUACGCUGAUCUCUUCAGAUACUGUUCACAUGGCGACGAAAGAUUACAAUUCAUUACUUUCAGACCAAAAGAAAUUUCAAUUCUUGCCCAAAUUCACAAUACGACCUUACAUUCAUUCACAUACAAUGGACACGAACAUGGUAUAAUCAUGAAAGGAAAGGUUUCCCUUUCAAAAUUAUUGAGGCCACGAAUUAAACGAGUAGAUACCGUAUUUAUAAUAGCGGCUAUAGUAAUUACGUUGCUGAUGACAAAUGGAAUCACUGAUACCAAUAAGGAGUUUAAUGCAACAUUAUUAUUAUUCACUGCAAUGAUUUACGCAUUCAGAUCCUAUUUCCUUAACUAUAGUUAUUACAAUCGAUCAUUAGGAAUAUCCUUAUUGUUCAUCACUGUUUUCUAUUAUUAUUAUUUGUGA